GGCCUUGAGUCGCUACCCUUCGUUGCUUCUUUUACAGAAUAAAACCUACCUUUCGUUGCUUCUUUUACAGAUUUACAUUUUAGAACAGAUAGAAGAUUAUUUGGCUAAAGUUGCAUGCAUCUGUUGUCUAGCUAACACCUCGAUCUACUUUAUUUUUGUCCCCCUGCUAUUGGAGCGGAGGCGGACGGGUUUUGAAACGAAACACGAAACAGGUCAGACAUCCCACCCUGUCUGAAGUGUUUGUAGAGAGUUCUGAAAUAUUAAGGCAUUUCGCCUACACUACAAUCUGUUUCCGGCUCGCAAGUUGUCAAUAAUCAAAUCGCAUCAACAAAAACAAGUGAAAGCUCUUGACAUAAAGAGCAGUACAACUUCAAUUGGAGUAACGAAAUGGUCCAUUUCGAGGAGGCGAGAACGAUCUGGGAAAACCGGCAGUCGGACUGUCGGGCCCUCCUGGAGUCCGUCUUGAAGAACACCAGGUUGGUGCUCCGCGGCACGAUACUGGCCCACUGGAAGGAGCAAGACUUGCUCCACUCCUUUGAGAACGUACACAAUUACUUGGAGGGGAACAGCCAGGCGAUGGAAGACUUUUUGGCGCAGAACAAAAACGCAAGGUGGGUCUACAAGAAAUUGGCCCCGCUUGUGAAGGAACAGGUGGAAAAGAAAAAAGGUAAACAAGUAGCUGGGAGUGCGGCAGGUGGUUCGUCCUCUUCCUCGUCCUCUUUUGCGAAUAAUAGUAAGAAUGUGCCUGCCGCAGAGAUUAAAACUAAAAACUCCAAUGCCCCCGCGGCCCUGGACCACCUGAACAUGAACAUCUUCGCCACGGCGCUGCAAUCAGGGGAGGAAGGAGGUCCUUUUGCUUCUGAAAGAAGAUCCGAUGAUCCAGUGGCUUUAGAAGUAGAAGCACAACAAGCAGGAGAAUUUAUUUCGGCGAGUACUAGAACCUCUUCUACCGGGCAGCUGGUGCUGUCCUCGUCGAGAGGUGCAGCACCACCUCCUGCUGGAGUUAUUCCUGGAAGCGAAGCUCCACCCGGGGACAAACAAGAGAAUGCUGUAGUUCUUGCAAGAACUACAACGACCGAAGAGCAGCGUCUGAUCGAGGACGAAUUUCCGCGCGACGUGGCAAAAAUGCAAAUGGGCAACAUGCUGAAGACAAAUAGCCUUGAUCCACCACCACCAGUCCCUUUGUCCCAUGCUGUGGACCACCUAGUACAACAGACGCACCAACAAGGCGGUGUUUCUGCCCCCCAGAACGCGGAGCAGGUGUUCGCUCUGUCAAAUCCGGAGCAACAGCAGUACUUGCGAAAGGAAGCGACGAAGAUCAUUCUGCAGGAAAAGAUCGCACAGAAACAGGAACAGAACAAGCCGCAGGUGUUCCACUCGGUGCAGGAGUUUCAGAAUUUUUGUGCCAAGGAAUGGGCCAGGGAAAUCAAGAGGACGGAAGUGAAGAUUAAGGAACAAAGUAUGGAGCAGCUAGAAAGUGGUGGUGGUCAGCAAUCGUCUAACUCUUCGAACGGCAAAAAUUCCAAAUCGAGCGGGAGCAAGAUGAACCUGAACCACCAAAAAAAUGAAAUCGUUUCCAUUCUGCAGCUGAAACAGACGAAUCCGGAGGAGUACUACAAAAAGAAAACGAGGUUCGCGGAGUAUCAGUUCGAAAAAGCGAAGAAAAAGUGCUGGUUUUCGAAGAGCUGUCCCGUGGAAGUGUACAGUGCGAAGUUCAACGGGGAAGGAUUAGUGAAGAAUACUUCUGGUAGUUGUACAGGCACAGAAGAUGCAAAGAAUCAGAAAGCCCCCUCGGAAGGAGCAGGAGCUGCGGCUCUCUCUAAAAACAACCGGUUGAUGCCGAAGGCAGGGGGAAUGAAGAACACCAAAACUUGUUCUAGCGAAGGACCGGCUAGUACUCUUGCUGUUAGUAAGAACCAAAACAGCACAAAACCACUGCUAGCGGGCGAUACCGAUGCCAAGAAAACCAAAGGCGGUGAAGAGGAACCUGAAAGUACAAACAAGAAGAAAGGCAACAAAUCCUCUGACAAGUUUCUGAAAUGUUUCAAAAACUACAACGCAGACGACGAUAACUCGUCCCUGACCGACAAACUGCGGCGCUACUUGACGGGCGCGCCGCCGUCGCCUGCUGCGGGAGACCGGAGGAUUGCGACCGAGAAAGCGAGGCCGGACAAGGAUUUCUUCAAGAUCGUCGACACAACAUGUGAGAAGCACGGACAAGCGGGUCCUGCUCGUGGCUGUACAACGGGUGGCAAUCCCAAUGCAACCGUCAGGAAGAGCAAUGCGAAACAUCACGGAAAAAAGCACUUGUCUUCCGCUGCGAAGACGGUUUCAUCUCGUAAGAAUAAGAUCGAUCUUGACGAGGUGAAUGUGAAUCCUGAGAAUAAAGAAGAAAAAAUGCACGUGCUGCAAAGGGAUAGGCGCAAGCUUCAGGGUCUGGACACCAACAGCUCUGACGACGACGGCUCUCAACCCGAUCGGAACACCAGAAUCCACGAGCACAAUAAGAAAACACCUGGUCACCUCGGUCUUUCCACCUGUCGAGAAAAAAACACAAAUGCAUCCACGAUUUCGUUGAAAGUGCAGCGACUAAGUGGUUCGGAAGAAGAUUCUUUCACCGUGUCCAUCGAGAACUACAAGUCAAAAAACAAAAAGGAGCGCUUUCGGGAGCUGCAAACCAAGAUUGCAGCAAAAAUCCCAAGCGAUGACCCAGACAAUAAGUUCCCGCCAGUGCUGAUUCAGCUUCACCGGCUUCUGCAGGACAAAGAGGAACAGCCGGGUGUGGUUCGGUGCAGUGCAAACGCGGUGAAGAUCGAGGAGGUUGCAGAGCCGCAACAUGCGAGCGACGCUUCCGGCGCCACCGACCAGGAGCAGAGGGCGGAGCCACACCAGGACAUUGAGGAGAGCCCCAUGCACAGGAAUACUAGUACACCGUCGCGCUCCAUCACUGCGGAGGAUGAGUUGCGGGAUGGCGAGAUGCUCCAUGUUGGGGUCGAGGGUCCGGACUUGCGAUUCUGUGCAGAAACCCCUACCGCUAACGCCGAUCUGUUUUUCACGCUAGAUGAGUACGAGCGUUCCGGCUGGUACUACCACAACGGCGAGAUGGAAGCGGGCGGCGUGGACCCGGUGCAGUUUGUGUUGCGCGCACUCCGUCUGACCGACCCGAAGUGGUCUGUCUGCUUCGACUUUGGGGCGCCAAAAUGUCUCAACUUGGCCAUGGACUACGAAGACCCGCGCCGCUUCGUCCUCCAAGACGGGAAGGCGGUUCCCCACCCAAUCCAGCGCGUCGACAAUCGGAGACACGGCCUACGAGCAGAGGCUGAAAAAGUCAGGGAACAAUGUCGGGGGAAGGAGAGGAGAAUGAAAAAGUCUAGUUCCACCGACUACUUGGGAGCGGCGCUCGAACUAAGGAUGUGGAACGGACGGGAAAACCCGAGACCGAGGAUGGACCUUGAGUUUUUAUUUCUCGGCCUGUUUGAUCCUCUUGAACAAUUAACCGUGGAUGCGGAACUUCAACUUCCUGAGCUGGAAGACUUCGUCCAGAUGUACACAACAGACGACUUCUGGAUGCACAUUUUGCGCGCAGAUGGUUGCUCCGCCGCGAAGCCGCUUGCUCGGUGGCUUCGGAAAUUCUUCCUCGCGAGUGUGAUCAAUUGCGCACAGAUGCCGCUGUUUGCGCGCGCCAACGGAUACACCAAACAGGGCCGCCGCGGUGUUGAUCCCGCCGUGGAAAAGCAGGCCAAACAGUGUUGCGAGUUCUUCUUCUGGAUUCGUGCGGGCAUGAUCGCAUUCGAUGACUGGACCGUGUCCGAGCGGUGGGAGGUGAUUGAAGCUGUUGCCAACUGCCCCAGUGGAGCGGACGCAGUGCCGAUCAAUCGGCACUCUGACGACCGGACUCCGGAACCCCUCCUGCUGAUUGCGGUCGACAUGCUUGCUGCCCAUUCGGAGGGAGGAAAGAUCAAGAGGCAGAACUUGCUUGCAGCCGUUGACAGCAGAAGAGCGCGGCUGCUUCUCGUGCUUGACAAGAAGUUCGCGCAAGCAGAUGAGGCACACUGCGAAAUAACCAGAAGAAUAGCGGGAAUUAGCGCGAACGAAAUAUGUCCCGAUCAUCGGACGUUGUUAGACCCGUACACCGGCCGGGGCACCGUGUUCGGACCACUGAAGGAAAUCUACUUCGCAGGGAUAGACCUCGAAACACGACACUCGUACACGCUACUGACGCCAUUCGGUGUUCCGUUCAGUCUUAUCUACGGCCAGCACUUUCACCGCGACUACGAGGACCAGAGAGAGGUUGCAGUCGACGUGUACAGAGUGUCCUGGUCCCGCGCAAAACGGGUGAUGCGCCAGUUUUUGCACGCGUUGACGAAGCGGCUACUUCCGGUGGCUACUGAUAGCCGCGAGGAAGAAGAGAGCCAAGAGGAAGGUGAUGACGAGGAGCCGGACUCUGAAGAGUCUCCGUGACGACAAAGAUGAUAUUGUUCGGAAAAGUUGAAGUGGAAUAACGUCGAGGAUGAAGAAGUACUUCAGCUUUACCACAGAAACGAGUUCGAGUCGAAGCUUCACGAAUCGACGUCCUCAAAAACGAUCGAAAUAGCCAAUGUGUACAACUGAGUAAAAAUAACUCGCUUCUGAAACAGAACAAAUGAAUUAAUUUCAUCACAUACAUUCCGGGAAAGAUAAGCAUAAAGCUCAGGAAAGUUAUAGAAGAUGCGCAUGAGUAAGAGUAAUAUUUGAGUAAAGUGAAGUAAUUGUGUCUCGCCCCUAAUAAAGUAGAGUAAUUUCAGUUUUUAUAGUAUGGAAAAGUCAGAAUGUCAUAAAACUUUUUGAUGUUUUCAAAAUAAAUUUCACGUGGAACAUGUCAUGACCAUGAGUAAGACUUCAGCUUUGAUUUUGCGCAUACGGAAAAAUGUCAUAAAAUUUUCGAUGUUACGUUGUACACGACGAAUUAUUUGAGUUUUUGCAUGCUCCAAAAAUAGCAAGAUACCCUGUACAAAAUGUAUGUCGAAUUUUGGUUUCCAGUGUGACAUCAGUAAGAAAGAGUGAAUGGCGAC